UUCACCGCCGUCCUCGAGUUAGACUGGGCAGCCGGAUCUAUGGCAGCUUUCACCGAUGUUUGGCGCUCGACAAAUUGGUCAUGAUCAUUCUCGCAGAAACCGUCAAUACGGGCCGAUGCCGCUGGAUGCAGAACAAUCAAGUUGUGACGUGCGCCGUAAUGAACUUAGGUUUGCGUUGGCCAGCCGUGGCGGCGAGAGCGGUUUCAGAACACUAUGACUUUUUGAAGGUGUUCUCGAAGAGAGGCAUUGAACGGAGCAAUGUGUUACGCUUUCGGCAAGGACCCUGCGGAAGGAAGAUCCUAAUUGGCGCCACACCGGCACUACCAUCGUGGUACCACGAAGAUCAAGAUCAUGUCAAGACAUAUGGCGUCGUGAAGGUAAAGAAGAACAUGAGAACCCUCCGCAACGGCACUGCCACGCUCCAGGCUUGCGUGAGAUGGAGCCUCCGAGGAAAUGCCCAAGCGGUCGGCGGCUGCAAUCGUCCACGAACGUUAUGUUAUGCGAACCCAUUCAUUAAAUCCAUGAACCGCUG